CAAUGGGCACUUCAUGGAGGGCAUUGGCAACGCAGUGUGGACGGGCGCGCUGCUCGUGUUGCUAGCACUGGUUGCGAAGCUAUGGCGAUCGAUCGUCACCAGGUUCUGGCUGGAGCCAAGAUCGCUCGACGCAAGGAUUCAAAGCCAGGGUAUCCAGGGGCCGCCAAGGACUUUCAUCGCAGGCAACAUGCUCCAGGUGAUGACGAUGAGAGACACUGGCAAGGAGCGGGACAUGGAAGGACGACGUUGUGAAGCAUGUGUUGCUGGAUUACCACCAGUGGAAAGAGGUAUUGCUAAUGGUGGGCGACGGAGCCCAGGAUCAAGGUCACGGAGCCCGAGCUCAUCAGAGAAGUUCUAUGCCGGAGAGCGAUACAAUGUCAUGGAAUGUGAUAUGCCCGGCGGCGGAGGAGGCCAAAGCUCUAUACGAGAGAAUACCCGAGAAAGACCUCGUCUCGUCCACCUCGAUGCUCCAAUCUCUCGCCCACGAGCAUCGAGUUCCAGGCUACCACAUCGAGCUCCGGCAUGCGCAGAAAGAACUUCCACGCGUAUCCACACGCUCCAAGCAAGAACGUCGUGCUGGAUCAUCCCUUCAAACAUCUCUCGUGCUUCUACCUUUCUCGAGGCGAGGAUGAAAGCUUGUAGCAUUGAGUUGGAGCUGGCUAGAUUAUGCUUGGGCACUGCGUCGAAGAUCUCCUUGGCUUGCUCAAGAUUUCCCCCUGUGAGCAUACGAAACCACCAUUUGCUCAAACAGCUCCCUCGAUUCCUCCAAGAGCCCCAUCUCCGAGCAAGCCCCAUUCUCCGAGCAAGGAAUCAUGGCAUUCCAAACAACGAUGCUUCGCCGUGGCAUUGUGGUGAGAUAUGCCUGGCCUUGUGGAUUUGCCCGGUCUGGUAGCGAUCAUCAUGGUGUAGGAGGCCUCGUCGUGAUCAGGCAUGAAAUUCCGGAAGAAUGCCACUGCCUCUUCGAUCCUGCGAUGUAAAACGUACCCUUUUGGAGCAUCGAAUUCCAUUCUGCGCAUUGCUUGCAAUUGCCAGA